CUGGAUGAAAGAGGCAAGAGCCUGCAAGAAUUUUGCAGAAGAUAACAAGAAAAAGAACCAACUGCAAACAGAAAGGUCAGCGGGGAAUCACCGUGUGAACAGAAGUAUAGAGCAGCCAUGACCAAUCUGAGCACCCGUUCUUCCCACAAUCCCAGUCCAGAGAGGAAAAACCUUUAUGAGACCCCAGCACUGUCCGAAUUGCAGAGAAUGGUAUGGGCCAAAGGAGGAUCUGACAAUCAUGUGGACCAAGUGUGGCCAAACCUCUACCUUGGAGAUGCAUGGGCAGCAAGAAGUAAAUCCAUUCUUCAGGGCAUUGGCAUCACUCAUAUCCUUAAUGCAGCCGACGGGCCCUACAACAUCAACACUGGAGCACGUUAUUACCGAGACCUGCCGAUUCAGUACUACGGAGUGCAAGCUUUCGAUGACAAUUCGUUUGACAUAAGUGUCUUCUUCCACGAGGCUGCCGAUUUCAUACACAAGGCCUUAAAUACUGUAGGAGGCAAGGUCUUUGUCCACUGUGCUAUGGGACUAAGCCGUUCAGCCACUUUAGUGUUGGCGUACUUGAUGAUCCACGAAAACUUGACACUUGUGGAAGCCUUGAAAUCAGUGGACUCUCACAGAGGUAUCUGUCCAAACACUGGAUUCCUCAGCCAGCUCCGAGCUUUCGACAUUAAAUUAAACAAUGAAAAGAAGACAGCUAACACUAUGGCUAAAGUGGACUGAAUAACUCUGCAAAUACAGGAAUUCUGCAGCAUUGAUGCUUUCAUUUGGAAUGAUUCACUCAGCAAAACCUUUUUCCUGAGACUGGGAGGAAAGAAAUGCUUCCUUUUAUGACAUAAAACUCAUUGAGCAGAGUGAAAAAUGGGAAUAAUAUUAAAUAUAAAACUUAGAAUUAACAGGAUACUGAAGGGAUGGCUAAUGUAGAAAGUUAGCACCCACCCCUUUCUUGGAAGAAUGAAAUAUCCUAGGAAAUAUUAAAAAGGCAGAAUAUUAUAUUGUCAUGGAUGAGAAAAGGAGAAACAUGUUUUUAAAGAUAAAGAGCAGCUCCUUGCCCCCAGCAGCAGUGGUGGAUUGCUCCCGGUUCGGCCUGAUUCAGCCAAAUCAGUGGUAGCGGCAACAGGAGGCCCCGCCCACUUGCCAGGACGCUUCUGCACAAGCAGAAUGUGUGUGCGUGCCAGAUGCACACUGUGUGCACAUGUGCUCUUCCAUGUAAAUUGUUCUGCAUGCAUGCGCAGAACAAUUUACAGUGAACUGCGCGUGCGCAGUAACUAAAAUCCAAAAUGGCAGCAACCAAGCGGCAGCGAGGGAACAAUUCGGGGUCACAGCAGGCCUGGGUCGCUACUGGUUCUGCACCCAGGCCGGUUUGGCCUGGUUCCACUGCUGGUUCGGCCCAGCCCUGUGGAUGGUGCCCACACAGAAACAGGGGGCUGGAAAGACGACAGCUACAGCUCUGUGAUUGAAGGCCCACAGAUUGCAUGUGUUGUCUCUGUAAUGCAUGUAAAAAAGAGAGUGGCACCUCGAUUAUAUGGCUAUGGAUGCUAUCUUGAUCUUUUUGACCCGUCCUCAUAAAAACCCCAGAGGGUCUAGCUCAUUUCCAUCCUGGUCAUUUAUUACUAAUUGUAUCAAUUGUAUCAAUUUUGUAUGGUACAUACAAAAAAAGAAAUAGGAAAAAAAAACCAGCCAAUUCUGUCCUGUAUUUGUUCAUGUGUUACUUGUUUUCCAACGCUGUUUUAAUUAGACAUUUCCACUCUGAGUCUAAAAGAAAUACUGCCUGGCCGGAGGUAGGGGGUUGUUGUUCUGUGGGCUUAUU